AUGGAGCGAGACGCCGCCACGGAGGCGAGACAGCAGCAGCUGGCGGAGGACAUGCGACGCCACUACCUCGCCCAGCUGCAGCAGCUGAUGCGCUCCCAGAGGAAGGACGGCGACGAUGGUGGCAUCAGUGAAGACUGGUUUGACUCUCUAUUUUUCCCGGGCUCGACGCGAUCGCCGAAGAUCGAGAGUCGGCGCUCGCCUCCGGACGUGCCACCAGAUGGCGCCGGCGAGGACGGGUCGAGUUCGAGCGACGAGAGCAGCGACUCCGCGUCGGACAGCGACGGGGAGAGCGCGCACGGUAACCACGGCGACCGUGUCCCCCCAUCGUCGAGGCGCAACGACGGCGACGACGACGACCUCGCUGCGGUAGGCGCGCAUUUCUUAUGGUCGGACAACGACGACAGCGGCGUGUCCGAGUCCGAGUUGUCGCCGUUCGACCUCCCGUCUGUCGACGCCGCCGCCAGGGGGCAGCAGUCUCCUGCCGCCGCCAACGAUAUGUAUCUGGAGCCGGGUGAGAGACAGCGGGGGAGCGUGGGGCGGUCCCACGUGGGCGGCGCGCGGCGGCGGGGGAAGCCUCGCGCCGCGCCGCGCCGGAGCGGCGAGCCACCCUACACGUGCGCCCUUUAUGAGCGGCCGGGCGAGCUGCGGACGCACGAGCGCGGGCACGACGAGGAUACCGUCCCAUCGUUACGACGACCGGGCGUCUGUUUGUCGCGAGACUCCCUCGACGCCGGACGCGGCUGCAACCAGGUGGCGCUAGCGAAGCAUGCCGGCGAGCGUAGCGGCCUGGUGUUCAAUCACCAGGUGGCGCCAGCGGAGCGUGGCGACAGCGAGUUAGUGGACCAGGUGGUGCCGGCGGAGCGCGCGGUCGGCGAUCGAGCGGGCCAGGUGGCGCCGGCGGAGCGCGCGGUCGGCGAUCGAGCGGGCCAGGUGGCGCCGGCGACGUCGCACGCCUGCCGGAAGUGCGGGGCGUGGUUCCGGCUGCGGCAGCACCUCGCGAAGCACAUGGUCGUCGUUCACGCGUGCGUGAAGCCGUUCGUGUGCGAGGUCUGUCCGAUGGCGUUCGCGCGACGCAGCGAGCUCGUCAACCAUCGCCGCAUCCACACAGGAGAGAAGCCCCACUCGUGCUGCAUGUGCUCGAUGGCAUUCGCAGGUAACCAUGACAACGGCUGUGAGUAG